AUUGAAAGAAUAGUUUGUUUUGGGCUGACACUAGUGGACUAGUUUGAGCAAACAAGUCAUGGUUGUUUACUCAGGGAGUUAUCGCUCUGCAAGUGAAGAAAAGACAACAUCCCGUCAGUCGUUCUCCCUGUAAAAAAUAACAUAUUCAGCGUUUUUCUUCGCAAUGUUUGCAUUGAACAAGUAUAAAUAAAGUAGCGAACGAUUACAAAACUGACCACAAGCUACAUCGUUUAAACUUGGGACAAAACAAAAUUUUAACCUGAGGCUUAAAAGCGAUUCAGACGGUAACACGAAGACACGUGUGUGACUUCAAAACCAUGGCCUUUACACAAGACCAACUGCAGACAACAAAAAAUACAUUUCUAAACUCGAGUUAUUCAACUGAAGUCAGCACGGCAAUUGAAGACCCACCACUUUGGGACACUGUUGCACUUGGAGUCAUUGCAAUACUUUCAUUAAUAGGCAAUGGAACCGUGAUAUUUCUUAUCUGCACAUGUAGAAACCUGCAUAAGCCCGCGUCGCCAAACUGGUUUGUUCUAUCGCUUGCUCUGGCGGACAUGUGUGUUGGUGGAUUGUAUGCGCCGUCAAGAUUCAUCUGCAGGUUUGCUACCAGUUGUUCAGUGAUAACGUGGAACAUCAUUUACUAUUUUCAGGGGGUAUUUCCGAGUUCUUCAGUGUUGAAUCUGUGUGUCUUGACGUUUGAUCGUUACUUGGCUGUCGUCCAUCCUUUCACUUAUACGAACAUUAUGCGAUCGUCUAGAGUUUUUCACCUUAUCCAAUCCGCGUGGUGGAUGGCACUCCUGCUAAACAUCCCAUACCUAGUGUUAGCAUUCAUUCCUCAAGAAAGUCACGAGUCGUUGUUCGUCCAUGGAGUCUCAUACGUUGUCGUCUUUGCCUCUAUACCAAGCGCGUUCAUGUUAUAUGCUUAUAUUGCAAUUGUAUUCGUCGUCAAGCGCCACAAAAACCACAUUAAACGACAAGAAAUGCAACUUGCAAUGAAUUUCUCGUUACAUUCCACCGAGGUCAGUCGUCAUGGCAAUAAUCAUCAUAAAGAUGAAACAAUGAAAGCCGUGGGAAUCAUCGUCAUCAUAUUCAUCGUCUGCAGUGGACUUUUCCAAUGGCUGACAAUUUGUAACCUCGGAGGAAACUGUCACAUGUCAAUGGAAAGUCCUGUGUAUUUUGUCAUUUAUACAUUAUUUCAUUUUCGAUCUGCCAUUAAUUUUAUUGUUUACGCCCUCCUAAGGAAAGAUUUUCAGACGGAACUUAGAAAAAUUGCCAAAAGAUUCCAUUAAAGUGCUUGAGACAUGUACAAACCAUAUAUUCGUGAAAUUGCAAAAAAAACUAAAUAGCAUUAAACGCAUGUACAUCUUUUGUUUUCGAUGAUUUCAUUGGUGCUAUUUCGUACUAAUUAGUUAGUACUUAUUCACGGAUUUAUGGCUUGCACUCGAUCUGUAAUUUUAUACAGCAUUUGUGUACUUAUCCCGCGGCCUGCCAGACCUUCGUGAUCGAAGGUAAGUAUUUAAUAACGAAAAUUCAGGGAGUGUGGCUUUAAGAACCAGGGAAUAUUUAAAAUCUGAUAAAACUGAUAAAAUUCUGAAGAAAUUUGUUAUCUUUUCUUCCGUGAGAACUCAUAGUUGAAGACGCAAUAAAAAGUAUGCAUUGACGUGAA